CUCAACAUCUCGACCAGUAAGCUGGCAUUUGUUUUUGCACGAGCAAUGUACAAAUAAAUUGGCGGCAAAAAUGUUACAAAAAAUAUAUUUUCUAUUGGCAUACUUUUUAUUAUUCGGAAGUGCUCACAGUGACGAUGACGAAGCUUUUGUGGAGACGGUGCAAGCUGAGGAGUCCAGGGAUUACGUGUAUCGGGAUGAAGUUCCCCUAAAUCAUGUAGACAGAAAUGGGAGGUUAUUAUAUUCAUAUCCACAGAACCCAAUAAUCAAUAUCGUGAUGCAAACAGCUGCUCCUAAUUACGUGCCUAAAAAUCCCAACGACUUUUUUGAUUUUCUGCGGGAUUCGUAUCCUCUGCCUGGAGGUGCCAAAAGCCCAUACGACGAAUACGACUACAUCAUAGUUGGCGCCGGAUCAGCUGGUUCAGUACUUGCUUCGAGACUCACAGAAGAUAAGAAUGUCACAGUGUUGUUACUGGAAGCUGGUAAACCGGAGAUGCUGCUCACAGAUAUGCCAGCCUUGGCGCCAUACUUCCAAUCUACUGAUUACACGUGGCAGUAUUACAUGGAAUAUCAACCAGGCGUAUGCACCGGCAUGAUUAACGGCCGCUGUUUUUGGCCACGAGGCAAGGCUGUCGGCGGGACGAGUGUUGUAAACUACAUGAUAUACACUCGAGGCAGACCAAUAGAAUGGAAUCGUAUCGCUGCUGCGGGCAAUUAUGGCUGGUCGUAUAACGACGUGCUAUAUUAUUACAUGAAGUCUGAAAGAGCAUCAUUAGACGGAUUAGAGAAAAGUCCUUUUAGAAGUCGGGAUGGAGUAGUUCCUGUGGAACACGUGCCAAAAAAGACCAAAUUAAUUAAAUCUUUUCUAGAAGCUGGCAGAAUUCUUGGACAUCCUACUAUAGACUACAAUUCGCCACAUGAAUUAGGUUUCGGAUAUGUACAAACCACAACAAGUUUUGGUCACAGAUUUAGUGCUGCUAAAUCAUUUUUACACAAACAAAAGAAGAGACGUAAUUUACAUAUACUACCUCAGACCACCGCGACAAAAAUAUUAAUUGACCCGCAAACACUGACAGCUUAUGGUGUGGAAUACGUUAGGAACAGGAUAAAGUCUACAGUCAGAGCUCGAAAAGAAGUUAUUCUCUCGGCAGGACCCAUUGCAUCACCUCAACUUCUUAUGUUAUCUGGCAUUGGGCCACAGAAUCAUUUAAGAUCAAAAGGCAUUCCCGUAUUAAAAGACUUACCAGUCGGACAAACCCUUUAUGAUCACAUUUGUUUCCCAGGAUUAAUAUUUGAGUUGAAUACGACAGGUGUGAGUCUCAGUGAAGCCAGAGCAUUAAAUGUUCGGGAAGUAGUGACAUGGCUCAGACACGGAGAAUCUGCUAUAUCAUCGCCAGGUGGAGUGGAGGGUAUUGGAUAUAUUAAAACUCCGGUUUCAGAUGAUCCUGAUCCCAUUCCUGAUAUAGAACUUAUAAGUAUAGGUGGGUCAUUAACUUCAGAUGGAGGUAUAGGAAGUAAGGCGGUUAGAAGGGGUAUGCGCAUAAGAGAAGAGGUGUUUGAUAGAGCCUUCGGUGAACUAGAAAAAUUCGAUCGAGACACAUGGAGUGCUUUCCCUAUGUUGCUACAUCCAAAAUCAGUAGGUCGUGUAGAACUGAAGGAUAGUAAUCCAUUUAGCCAUCCUCUAAUGUACGGUAACUACUUGACUGAUCCUAAAGACGUUGCCACAUUUAUUGCAUCAUUCCGUCAUAUACAAGCUCUGGCUAACACACCACCAUUCCAGCGUUACGGAGCUAAAUUACACAGAGCGGAAUAUCCAGAAUGCCGUUCGCAAAUUUUCGAUUCUGAUGAGUACUGGGAGUGUGCAUUGCGUUCACUAACAGCGACACUUCAUCACCAGAUAGCAACGUGUCGCAUGGGUCCUGUCGGAGAUCCUCUAGCUGUCGUGGACCCUGAGUUACGCGUCCACGGUGUAAACAGGUUACGGGUAGUUGAUUCUAGUAUAUUACCAAGGACAGUAUCCGCACAUACACACGCUCCCGCUAUGAUGAUCGGAGAAAAAGCAGCAGACAUGAUAAAAUGGACAUGGAAUGUAUUAAAUGUAGGCCAGGCAUAUUAAAUCAAAUUAUUAAGAACAAAUUAGUCAAUAAU